AUGGCGUCUUCCAUGGGGCAUAUGGGGCUGCUUGGCAGCGCUGGUGCGCAUCGAUUUGUGCGGAAGGGCGGUGACGGGGUCAUCAGGAGAAGGGGAUCAUGUGGGGUUCGCCAACGUCAGGCGCCAAGCCUGAAGGGGCUUCGGAAGGAGGAUGCGGAACUCCUGAAGCAGGCUGAGUACAUGUCUGCGGAAGAGCAAGCAGAGCUUCGUCGCUUACUGGAGGAAAACCACAAGCUGCGUGAGGUGGUGACCAGCAGCGCCAAGCACAUGUCCCCUCAGCAGCUGGAGCGCUUCACGCGGGAGUACAACAGCCUGGCUACGCAGGCGGCGCAGGCGGGGGUGGCGGUGGAGGCGGGCAUGAAGCAGGUGGCAACCUCAGCCGCCUCACAAGGAACUGCUUCGCUUCGCAGCAGCAGCAGCACCAGUAGCAACAGCGCCUCCGCUGGUGGCCGGCUGGAGGCUACCGCGUCUGCGUCCUCCGGAGGCAAUGGCGCAAUUGGUUACAGCGGCAGCUCCCGGGAGUAUGCCCGUGAGAUGGCCUCCAUGUCUGUGGAGCUGGACUCCAGCUUGGAGGAUGACCACGAGGAGCAGCAGCAGACGCAGCAUGGGGGUAGCGGCUUGGAGAAGCAGGUGGUGCCGGCGGCCUCCACCCGCACAGAACCCUUUGCCGCCGCUGCCAGCCGCUUCGAGGCGCUGCUGUCCGAGCGCCGUCCCGCUGGCGUUGUCAACGCCGUGCAGGCACAGCUGAUGGAUGCGCGAGAGGCGCCGCCGCCGCCGUCGGGCGCUGCCCAGCACGACCCUGCCGCGGAGGCAGCGCGCAAGGCGUCUCUGCGCGCUGCCGCGGCCGCCGAGGUGGAGUCGCACGACCCCCGGGCUGUGGUGGCGGGCCGGGAGCACUGGAUGAUCAUCACGGUGCCGGAGAAGCCCGUCGCGGGAGCCCCCAUGAAGCUCUACUUCAAUCGCAACCAGAGCGAGAAGCUGAGGCACCGACCUCACAUCGUGCUGCAGUACGGCUAUAACCAUUGGGAGCUGGUGCCGGAGACGGGCAACCGAGCUGAGCUGAUGCCCGCCCCGCUACCCAAGAACGACACCAUGGAUUUCUGGAGCUGCACCGUACAGGUGCCCGAGGAGACGUUCGAGGUCAAUUUCAUUCUGCACGACAACAAUGGCUUGUACGAAAAUAACAACGGCAUGGACUUCACGUACGACGUCGAGGCUGGUAUCACGUACGACAUCUGGAUUGACACGGCGGCGGAGCGGGCAGUGGCCAAGGAGUUGGCGAGGAAGGAGGCGGAGGCUAAGGCCGCUGAGGAGGCCAAGCGGCAGGCGGCAGAGCUGAUGGCGCAGCAAGCCAAAGAGUUUGGCAAACGCAAGGCGGAAGACCUGAAGAACAACAUCAGCCAGCUGCAGGACGGGGCGGUGACGGUGCUGUUCCGCAGCGGUGUCCCCGUGUACCGCGUCCUGCCCACUAACCCAGUGGCGGGUGGCAAGGUCAGGCUGCAGUACAACCGCAUGUCGGGUCCCUUCGGGAAGUUCCCCAUUCCAGAGGAGCAGACUAUCACAAUGUUGUACGGCUUCAACGGCUGGCAGAGCAGUGGCAAGGCGGCCAUGACGCGAGUGCCGCCGCCUGCUUCGGCCGCUGUCACGGGGCCUAUCGCAGCCAGGGGCUUCUUGGCUCGGCAGCUUCUUCUCGCCGUUGUCGGGGCCAACGGCACGCGCCUGGAGGAGGACUGGUUCGAGACGGAGGUGGCUCUGCCCAAGGAAGCCGUGGCCAUGAACUUCGUGUUCAAUUACUACGAGCACUACGACAACAACAGCCGCCAGGAUUACAAGGUGAAGGUGGUUCUUCCUCCAGGUCUGUCUAUUGACACCUGGGCCGACCAGGUGGCAGAGCAGCUGCGGGAGAAGGAGUACCAGCGCAGAGUGGAGGAACAACGUGCAGCGGAGGAGAAGGCCAGACGGGCGGAGGAGAAGAAGAAGGCAGCGCAGGACUUCGUCAAGGCGGUGGAGCGGCGCAAGGUCCGCCACGUGCUGUUCACCGACCCCGAGGUGGUGACUGCGGGCAGCGAGGUGACCGUGUUUUACAAUCCUCGCGACACCCCCCUGAACGGGCGGCAGCAGAUCUACCUGAUGGGCGGCUGGAAUCGCUGGACCCACAAGCGCCACUUCGGGCCCAUUGCGAUGCACCGCCCCGUGGACGGCGGCGAGCACUGGCAGGCCACUCUGACGGUACCGAAGGAUGCGUUCAAGAUGGAUUUUGUGUUCGCGGAUGUGCCGGGCGGUGACGGCACGUAUGACAACCGCGGCGGCUUUGACUACCACUUGCCGGUGGAGGGCAGCCCAGUGCGGGAGCCUCCGCUGUACGUGUGCCACAUCGCCGUGGAGAUGGCGCCCAUCGCUAAAGUAGGUGGUGGUGGCGGUGGUGAUGGGACGGGGUACAUGGUUGGCGGUCUGGGUGAUGUGGUGACCGCCCUGGGUCGUGCCGUCAAGGAGCAGGGCCACACGGUGGAGGUGGUGCUGCCCCGCUACGACUUCUUCCUGCACUCGCCCGUCCUCAAGGAUCAGCUGCGAUACGAGACCGAGUUCGACUGGGGCGGCACUCGCAUCUACGUUACCACCGCCGUUGUGGAGAACGUACGGGUGUUCUUCAUUGAGCCGAAGAAUGGCUUCUUCGCCACGCCCACGGUGUACGGCAGGUACGACGACGAGGUUCGCUUUGACUUCUUCUGCAAGGCUGCCCUGGAGUUCCUCCUCAAGACGGGUCGCCAGCCGGACAUCCUGCACUGCCACGACUGGUCCACUGCUCACGUGGCGCAGUCGUACUGGUCUGAUUACCAUCCGUACGGGUUGUUCAAGCCACGUGUCGUGUUCACCAUCCACAACCUGAAUUACGGCCAGAAGAAGAUCGGCGAGGCGGCUCACUCCUGCCAGAAGUUCACCACCGUGUCACCAACAUACGCGUUCGAGGUUGGCGGCCACCCGGUCAUCGGCCCCCACGCACACAAGUUCAUGGGUAUUCGCAACGGUAUUGACCCCGAGCUGUGGAGCCCCGAGGAGAACCAGUUCCUGCCCGUGUGCUAUAGCUCGGACAAUGUAGAGGACGGAAAGAAGGCGGCGCGGCAGGCUCUACGCCAGCGGCUGGGUCUGACUACCUGGAACGAUAAGUUCAUAGUGGCAGUGGUGUCUCGACUGACCGGUCAGAAGGGAGUGCCGCUCAUCAAGCACGCCGCCUUCCGGGCCGUGGACCGCGGUGGCCAGUUCGUGCUGCUGGGCUCAGCUCCCGAUCCCAAGGUGCAGGCCGACUUCAACGCGCUGGCAGGGCAGAUGGGUGGGCAGGAUGCGGCGUUUUGCUUCAAGUACGACGAGCCGCUCAGUCACCUUAUCUACGCGGCGGCCGACAUGGUGGUGGUACCGUCCAUGUUCGAGCCGUGCGGCCUAACGCAGAUGAUUGCCAUGCGAUACGGGGCUGUUCCUGUGGUCCGCCACACGGGUGGCCUGCGCGACACCGUGUUUGAUGUGGACUUCGACAAGGAGCGGGCAGCGUGGGAGCUGUACGGCUCAUCUGACUGGCAGCGCGACGGCAUCGAUGCCACCAACGGUUUUGCCUUCUCGGGCACGGACGGCGGUGCACUGGACUACGCACUGAACCGAGCCAUAGACGCUUGGUACAACGACCGCGCCUGGUUCCGCGGCCUGCAGAAGCGCGUCAUGGAGCAGGACUGGAGCUGGAACCGCCCUGCCAUUGACUACAUCGAGCUCUACUUCUCGGCCCUAAAGUCGUAG